UAAUUUCUUGGAGACUUUGCCCCAGUAGUGAAGCAUGUUUUGAUUGCGUAACUCGGGUUUUUCGCUACUAGUGACCAAGUCAGACUUUGGGGUUUAUUCAGUAAUAGCUUUAUAGUGAUCACAACGUAGGUGUCUAUAAGAAAAUAAACAACAUGAACAUUUCCGCAUUAAGUAUUUUGCGGGUAACGUGCGUGCUCAUAUUCUUCAUCUUAAUUUGUACUCAAAGUGGUGAAUCAGCUCGGGUUUUGGGGCUUUUUCCAACUCGUGCAAAAUCUCAUUUGAUCAUUCAAAUGGAAGUUAUCAAAACGCUUAUCGACAGAGGACACAAUGUCACAGUUGUUACGACUCUUCCUGUAGCCAAGAGCAACCGCAGCUUCCAUCAUGUAAAAUUGCCUGAAAUAUCCUAUCCUGAAUGGGUGUUUACCAGUAUGAUUGAAGAGCGAAAAGGAUUGAUGGAUGAAUUAAAAAAAACGUCAGCUCUUAUGGAUAUUACAAUAAAUGCUUCGGAAACUUCGUUAGUGGAUCUAAUUAAGUCAGGUUUCUUGAAUGAGGAACCCUUUGAGUUAGUAGUGCUCGGAUAUUUCUUCAAUGAUAUCUUCAUGGGAGUUGCAGCACAUUUUAAAAGCCCUUUAGUGAUCAUCGAUACACACAAGCCGCUACUUCUGACCAAUUCAAUGAUUGGAAAUCCCAGCGAAAUAUUUUAUGUUCCCAAUGGACUUUUAGAGGAGACUCAACCCUUAUCAUUCUUUGGAAGGGUUCGAAAUGCAUUAUUCCACAUCUUGGAAAUUGCAUUCACCAAACUUUACAUCGUAAAAAUGAACAACAUUUAUGGAAAAUAUUUUCCUGGAGAUAAGUACCCACCGCUGAGCGAUAUGUUCAAAAACGUUUCUUUGAUCCUUCAGACCACUCAUUUUAGUGAAGGUGUUAUUCGUCCAGAAAUUCCAGCUCUGAUACCAAUUGGUGGAAUUCAAGCCAAACAAAAACCAGAUCUUCUCCCGAAAGAGUUAUCGUUAAUUUUGGAUGAAGCAACAGAGCAUGGAGUUAUCUAUUUCAGUUUGGGAACAAAUGCGAAAAGUUCAGAUCGAAAUCCAGUCACAAUUAAAAGUAUCUACAAUGUCUUUUCCAAAUUGAAACAAAAAGUUAUUUGGAAGUGGGAAGACGGCGAAUAUCCUGGAAAUGCCUCCAAUAUAUUUUAUGCCAAAUGGCUUCCACAAGAUGACAUCCUUGCGCACCCCCAUCUUAGACUGUUCAUCUCCCACUGUGGUCUUGGGAGUAUUGUCGAAAGCAAAUACCACGGAGUACCAGUUCUUGCGAUUCCACUAUUUGGUGAUCAAUUUGGAAAUGCGAAAGCCAUGGUUGAUGCUGGAUUUGCAGUACAAGUAAAUUAUCAAGGAUUGACCGAGGAAUCGUUCGAAGCAGCAUUAAAGGAGAUUCUGGAAAACCCUUCAUACCGAGAAAAUAUUCAAAGGUUUUCAAGACUGUACCGAGACAGACCGAUGUCGAUUCGCGACACAGCUGCUUAUUGGUUGGAGUAUGUUAUUAGGCACCGAGGAUCUAAACAUAUGCAAAGUCCUGCAGUUCAUAUGAGUGCCUUUGCAUAUUAUGGACUGGAUGUGAUAGCGUUUUUACUCCUUAUUGUUUACAUUGUAUUUAAAAUUCUAUCAAUUUGCUGUUGCUCUUUGAUCUGUAGAUGCAGAAAAAGCAAAAUUGGAGGAACACACAAGAAAAAGAAAGAUUAAUGUAUCUUUUCCAUAUAUUCCCAAAUUUUAUAAGGUAUUUGUUAUUUGUUUAUAUUUUUUGCUUAUUUAUUUACUUAUUUAUACAAUAACCGAAAUUACUUAAGAGCAUGCUGUAUGAAGAUAUUUAUUACACAAAUUGCAGCAAUUAUUCUGCCCGCAGAUGAUAGGCGAUGGCAAAGUUGACUACGCAGGAUGAUUAUAAACACCUCUGAACAUAGAUUUACCUUAAAAAUAUGUAGACAAAGUUGAAGAAUUGAUCUUCCCACGGAAGAAGAAGUACAUGCAAUUCGAGAUUAUAGACAAGGCAGUGAAAGCAGAUUUAGCGCUAUUAAUGCGUCGACCUACAUCAAGUUCGGUGUCACUAUUUUCAGACACAAUGCGACCCAGAUAUCUUAAUUAAUCAAUGCAGAUAAUACGAGUGCGAUGACCUGUCUAACCGAGAAUCUUAGCAUCGGUGGUAUUUAUCUCUAGUUCGUUACCUUGCACCACGUCCACCAAGUUUGCUGGCCCCACUACCACUGCCCGUAAUACUGCAAACUAUUCCUUGUUGUUGCUAGCAGUUCCUCAUUGAUAAACUUGACACCAAUACUGGGAUGGUCCCAAUGGGCUACCUAGCCUCUUCCUACAAGAACAACACAUGUACUAAUCUCUAUGCAUAACUCUUAACAAAAGCCUCAAAUGUGCUACUUUCCUUAACUUUGGGGGAGACCCUUAUUAUUCCAAUUCUGAAAUGCGGAGACUGUACCCUAGUUGUGAACUACUGCCCUAUUGUACUAUUUUCCUUUUUUGGAUUGCACUACAUGGCGUAGCCAGCAAUGCAAUUGUCUACUUAAUGUGUGACCUAUCCACUGCCACUUCCGUUCUUUGUUUGAAAUAAGGUUAGACCAGCGCACUCCGAUGAUACGACGCAGACAGGUAUUGACAAAAGCUUGGAACUUUUAGUUAACAGUAAGAAAAAGAAAAAGGUUUUUACCUUGCAAAUGCACUAGGCAACAACAAACAACAAUCUGUCGUGUCGUUCCUAGUGGAUGCUAACAAAACUGUCGUGUCGUGUUGUGUUGGCCUCAUUGGGGCGUUCCUUCAUGCUGAAAAACAACAAAGCACCGAGUAUGGAUGGAAUACCUGCGGGGCUACUAAAAACAAGGAGUAUUGGGAUAGUGAUAAAGCUUCAUAAGCUUAUAACCACUAUUUGGUCUGAUGAAGCUGUGCCGGAAAAUUGUUAUUUGUACUAUCUAUAAAUCAGAUGUCAAACUCAGCUGCGAGGACUACAAAGGAAUAUCAGUGACGUAUAAUCCAAAGGGGGCUCCCAUCCUUCUCGACACAUAUUAUUUGGGGAAUAUCAGGAGAAUAUCAACGAGGAAAGCCAAUGUUAAUCAGAUAUUUUAAGUAAAGCAGAUACUGGUAAUGUUUGAGGAGGUAGCGAAGGAAACGGGCGUAAAGAUAAACCAAGAUAUGACGAAAAUCAUGACACAAACCAGAAGAAAAACGCCAACCAGACAAAACGUGAAAAAAACCGCAGUUUUACAUACUUCGAAGCAACUUUCAGAAAAGAUAAUAUUGUAUUAGACGGAAUCAACAAACGGAUCAUGCUUGUCAACAAAACAUUUUACCUCGUAUUGCCAAUUCUAUAAAAGGAUGGAAGGAGACUGAGCCAGAGAACCUAAGCUGUAGUCACGGAAGACGGAUCGGGUACAGGGGUGUUCUCGGCAAAUCCGAUUAUGGAACUGACCCGACCUCUCGAAAAGCAGAGGAAUUCAAAUCGACAGAUUAGAUUUUCGUCAGCUACUUGUAGUCUAGCCUAAAAUUCAUAGACAAGGGGUAGCUUCCUCCAAACUGCAAUUUUUAAUUUUAAGUGUAGUGAAGUAGUAGUGAAGGAGGUAAGUGGCUCCCAAAAUUUAUAUUUACAUUUAAAAUUAAAAAUUGUAGUUUGGUGGAAGCUACCCCUUGUCUAUGAAUCAAAUCAACAAUCAGGCAAAAUAAUCAGCCCUAAACCGCAAGGAUAUAUCAACCCAGCUGCUGUGGAAUAACCGACUGAACGAAACAUUCCUGAUGUGAAUGCCAGGACACUCAAACAACGCUGGUAAUGAGGAAGCUGACAGACUGGGUCGCCAAGGCCCUGGAUCCACAAUACUGGGGCCAGAGCCAACUUUUGGCAUCCCGGUAUUCACUGUCAGGUCUACUCUGAAUGGUGGAAUUUCAAGGAUUCACGAAGCCGAAUGAAGAAAUUUGAACUGCUCCUGACAGGCGAAAAUCUUUGGGAAAAACCCGGAGGCGUCAUUUUUGUUGUCCUUUAAUAAGUAGGAUAUGUAGGGUUUUUACUAUAACACUGCUCCCUAAAAAUUUGAGUUGUGUCUCGACUAUAUGUAGCCUAUGUGGGGAGGAAAAAGGGCACUUCAGCAUCCUUAGACCUCAGACGAAGAUACCUUGGUAAGAUUUCCUUCAAUGAAGAGCCUGCGCAUUCUCUGUCUCUGGAGAAUAUUUUCUGUUUCGCGAACAGUUGCGAACGCUGUAGGCUGGAGGCCAUUGAGUAGGCGAUUUUUGAGGAUAGUGCAAUGGGACUAACAGCUUCAGUGCUUGGAGAUGCGGCUUUCUCCACUAACUAACUAACAAGAAGUAGAAUAAUAAAUAAAUAAAUAAUAAGGGAAAAAUAUUUAACACAAAUGUGCAUAGUGCUUCGAAAAAGAGGAGAGUUCCAUGGGGAUGUCGAGGGCUAAAGAGGUAAUGUUAGUCAAUGUGCCGAAAGAUUAAGGGAUUUGUCGAACCUAUGAAGAAUCGAAAAAAACCACCAUCGUUUACAUCAUUAUGUACGUAUUAAACCUUAACUUGGGACUUGAUUACUAUUCAUUGCACAUUCCUCUUCUAAUUUCUUAAGAAUUAUUUCAUAUUAAGGCUUCCUAUCUCUUCGGAGAAAAUUCAACCUUUCAUCAGAUAUAAUCGUGAGUCUCUCAGAUUUCAUAUAACUUUUUGUUUCUCAAUCUUUAAUCA